AUGAAAUUGGCUUUGGUAGCAAGAAGUGGUCUUGAUAUUGCCACUGUUGUUUUUGCAGCUUUUGUUGCUGCUAUUGUUGUUCUUAUAGCUCUUGUUGCUGCUGCUGUUGACCUUGUAGCUCUUGUUGCUACCACUGUUGCCCUUGUAGCUCUUGUUAUUGCUACUGCAACUGUCUUUGCAGCUCUUGCUUCUGUUGG